AUGAAAGUGUUAUUCGCUUUAUUGUUUUGUGUGUUUAGUGUUUAUGGCAAAAUAUUACCCGAUUACUUCCCUCAAUGUAAGAAAAGCGAUCCGCAAAUCGAAAAAUGCAUUCUAGAGGCAAUAGAAGUUUUAAGGCCGAAGUUACUAAAUGGGAUACCGGAAGUGAAUGCACCAGCGCUCGAACCUUUCAAUGUACCAACGUUGAAACUUGACAGAACAGCUACCAACCUUCGUUUAAAGGCAACUAUAAAGAAUAUGAAAGCUUACGGCGGAAGCAACUUUAAGAUAGAAAAGUUAAAAUUAAACCUAAAUGGAAAGUAUGAAGGGCAGAUGAAGCUGACAUUGCCGAAGCUAUCUGUGACAGCUGAUUAUGACGUGCGUGGCUCCAAGAUUCUCACUUUGGACAUUAGUGGAAAGGGGCGGUUGAGGAGUAAUUUCACUGGAAUAACAGUAGUAGCAAAAGGUGCAGCAAAGGUAGUAGAGCGUGAUGGCGUGGAGUACUUGCAGGCUGAGAAAAUGAUCACUAAACUGAAGAUUGGCCAUGGCCAGCUCUCUAUUGAUGAUACCGAAAGACCCGUUGCUGCUACAUCAGCUGCUGCCUUCUUCAAUGCAAGUCCAGGCGUGGUGUUGGAUAUUCUGAACCCACUUAUAGAAGAGAGUAGCGCUGCGAUCUUCAAGGCAUUCUUCAACAAGGUUCUCUCUGCCAUACCCCUAAAGGAGAUAUUAGUUGAGGAUUCUUAA